GGCGAGAGACGCAGCACGACGGUUAGUCAGGCCUGGAGCGAUGUUUCUAGUCGCAUCAUUAGCAAGAAAAACGCUGUGCUUGAUGACGAUGCUGAGGAAGAAGAGUUGGUGCCUGCACUACCUGGGAGAGGAAAACGAAAACGUGAGAUGCUUUCUGGUAUGGAGCUUUCGAGCUUCGUCGAUCUGGAAGCCAAGAAUGAGGAGCAUGAAGACCAAGACUUCUUGGGUAGAAAUACAACUGCAAUUCUUGGCUCAUCUUCAAGGAAAGUUGUUGACGACAGAGACGCAUGCAUGCAUCUUGGUUCAUCAAGCAGUGACGAGGAUGGAGGAGGGGAGCAUCUUCUGCCUUGUCAGGUGAGGACAAGAGCAGGCGGAGAUGAAGAUGGCCAUGCUGAGGAUGUGAUCUCCGAGGAUCGGGUGCUGGAAAAAUCAUCCAAAAGAAAGCCUUCUCUUCUUAGUCGUGGAGGUGCAAGGGCGUCUUUGUUGGAAAUGGAGGCUCAGGAGUCCCGUGGGCGAUCGUCGUAUUCCGCUUGUUCGGGAAGUAAAGAUAGAAAAGAGGAUGCCAGGACCUACAAGCAGAUGGGCCUGGACAGUAUUCCAAGAUGGGCUUUCGAUUCAGCUUUACAUCUACGACGACAUUGGCGAGAAUUGUUGUUCCUGUUCCUCCUGCAGAUCUCGCUCUUUCUACUCGUCUACGUAGUCGCGUCAUGUCUUCUCGCGUCAGCAUCUCUUUCUUCUGGUGCAAAGAGCAGCACUUCUGACGGCGACGACUUACAGCUAUUCAAAGCAGCAAGGGAAGAUGAAGCUCUACAACGAGUAAAAGCAACAUCUACAGCAACUUCAAAAAGCGUCAACAUGCAAGUUCCUUCAGCAUCCUCUUCUAGCUCUUCUUCGAGGAUCACUCUCAGUAGUUUCAAGAUUUCCUCACCAGCUACUUCAGCAUCUUCUGGCUCGUGGAUCAUGAAUAGCGGGAGCAAGAAUGCGGCGAC